AUGCCUCUUAAGCCACGGACUACGAAGUCUUCAGCCACCAUGGUGCCUCUUGAGGAUCCGAAGGAUCAACCGCUGGAGCAGAAUGGCAGCGCGGAGCCUGGAACUAAUGCUCCGGCUAUCGUCCCGGCUGGAGAGGGUCAAGGCGCUCCCUCUCUUUCGCAGGCUCCUGCUGUGUCUGUUCCGGCACCGGUCGCGCCAUCAGCUCCCGCGCCUGCGACGCAUGCUCCUGAGGAAGGGGACGACGAAGAUGAGGAUGAGGAUGACGGAUACUUAAGUGAUGAUCCGGAUGAAGGCAUUGAUGUUCAAAUGAAGGGUGUGCUCGCGUCCAAGACCCGCAUCACGCUGACACUGCUGAUUCCGUUUGAGCUGGCGAGUGAGAUGCCUGCGGUGAAGCCGUCGGUGAAAGCGCUUCUGGUGUUUCUUAGGAGGAAGCUGUCGGACAACGUGCUGGAUGGUGUGGCGUUUCAGGAGCUCCUUCCGACGUACCUGUCCAGGAUGCACUUCAGCCGGCUUCAAGUCACGCUUCCCACGGCUGACGAUGCUGAGGUUGUCCGCCAGCAUCGCGUGGAGCACGUCGUUGGGUCCACCAAGCACCAUUUCGGCUGGCAGCACCCGGUUAACCGCUCGUUCCUGAAGGCGAAGAGCGACCUGCCGGAAGGGGAGGAAGUUCUACUCAAGGGGGUUCCUGCGGAGAUCACGCCUCUCAUUGUUUAUGAGUCGUUGGUGGUCGCGAAGCUGCAGAAGCGCGGCCGAUCGGCGUUUCUGCAAGGAGCAGGUUUCCAUCGUGUGGUCGAUCCGGUCUCUGGCCUGGACACGGACAAGAUCCGUGGUCUGGUGCUUCCGCAUCCCGACGACAAGUACCGUUGGCGUCAUCUGGUGGAGGAUCCGCUCACUGAUGCGACGUUCCUGUUGGCAAGGGUAGUGAAGAAGAUUCUCCGGGACCCUGCUCUGGUCCUGAUCUCAACGGGACCCAACGCGGAGGAGUGGUUGUGUGUCCAGGAGUGCUGCGACCGUGCACACGGGGAGACCUUCGCGCAGGCUGCAGCUCACAUCGGAUCCUUUGGUCAUGGUGCGGCGUUGGGUGCGGCUGGCGUUGCGACUCGUGCGAGCAAGGCGAAGCAAAGUCUGCAGGCCGCGAAGAAGCUGUACGGGAUUCGGGCGGAGACAGCAAAGGCGAAGUGA